CCAUUCGUUGACUUUCGUUCGCCGCGAACGGUAAUAUUUGUAGAAAUCUUAAACAAUUGCGAUAUAUAUAUAUAUACACACAUACAUAUAUACCACUCGCUUCGAACGCUUUUAUUUAAAACGCAUUAGGRAUAUAAUAGGCGUUUUACUAAACAAAAGUAAAAUUGCAGUAUCAGUUCUAGCGAUUUACUAAAGUUUUUGAAGUAAAAUAGAAAAAUAGUGUUCGCACAAGCCUGCAAAGUUUUUAAUUAAAAAAACAUUCGUGUUUUUCAAUUUUAAACGGAUUGUUUGAUUGAGUGGGAGCCUCAAWUAAUUUAAAAGCAAAUUAUUGGUUGAUAGGAUAUCUCUUACUCAUAAUUUCUUGGUUUGAGUUURUGGUUGUGAGGUUAAACAUUUUAUUAGUAUUCACUUGUUUUACUUACAUUUCGAACGCAAAAAAAGUACGCUCUCUAUAAAUCACUUAAAUUUACAACGCACAUAUCCAGCCGUCCGUCGAUUAGUGAUACCUUUAUAAAUAAACAAGAAGUGUGGAAUUAAAAGCAGACUGCAUAUAUCAAGCGCCCAAAAGCACACACACAUAUACUAAAAUCCAACAAGAUGACCUCGACUCCACCAAAAACGGGCGAAGAUUUGCUUGGCGAAUCUUGGAUUGAGCUGAGCAGUGCCGCUACAAUGGCUGGCGUGAAGAGCCCCGAUAGAAUCACACCAUUGCCUUUCGCAAGUGGCGAGGAAUAUUUACGUUUGCUACGCGAGGCGCAACGCGAAUCAAAUCAAUCCAGUCGUGUUGUCUCCCUAGCCAGUUCGCGACGUGAUACACCCAGGGACAGCCCGAAAUCACCACCCAACAGCCCGAAUACCGAACUCACACCUGACGAAGAUCUCAAAAAUGUUUACAUAAAUUAUUGGAGCAAGGAAGGCGAUAGUCACAAAGACACCGAUUGGCUGGAUGAAUGGAAUAGUCGACCGGAUCAACAACCACCAAAAGAUUGGAAAUUCGAACAUCCACAAAAGAAAAAAAGCUCAGGUUAUUCCAUACGUUUGACUCGCGUAGGCAAGAACUCGCUCUUUUCCAGAGAAAUACUAUACUCGCUCAUUCUUUCAAAUGUACUAUCCUUGCUAUUGGGCGCUGGACUAGGCUUGUGGCUGAGCAAACGUGGCAUCCUCUUGACCCGAGUCGUCAUUGACUGAACUGAAUGUUAAAGAAAAGUGAUUUAUAUACAUAUUAUUCUAAUUUUAUAUCUUUAAACGGAGCGAAAUACAAAAUUGAAAAAUUAAAAUAAAUACGAGAUGUAAUGCAAAAAUGUUAAGGAGCUAACAUACAAGAAAGAAUUAAACAUAUUUUCAUACCAACAAAACGAAGAAAGAAGAAUAAAAAAAACAGUGGAGAUAUUUAUAGCAAAGUAAUGCACAUCUGACUUGGCGUUAAGAAGAUAAGCGAAUUAUUUUUAAUUUCUUCAAUUUUCAUAAACACAUACUAACGUGUACUGCACACAUGGCAGUAUUUGUUGGGUGUAGCACAGCUAUGAUAAUCAUUGCAGAUGAUGAAAGCGAACAACAACAACAACAUGAAAGCGAAUUACAUUUUAUAUUGCAAUGUUAUUGAAAAGUAAUUUAAUUGUAAUUGCACAUAUGUAAAUACAUGCAUAUGUGCCCCAUGGAAAAUACUAGUAAAAUUAACGCUGUGUGAUUUGAUUUAAUUGCUUGUCAUUCGACAGCUAAUCAACUUUUGAAUUUGAAAAUAAGCUUAUAAAAGUAUUUGACAAAUCACAUAUGCGGAACAAAUCUUUGUAUAUGAAAAUAAUACAAAAUAUAUAUACAAACCUAUUUAAAAUGUACUAACUGAUCGAAACGUGCGACACAAGAGUGGGCUCAGGUCUUUUAUUAUUACAUAUAUUAUACCGAAUUUUUCAAACUUAAAAUGCGAUUUAUUAUUCUUACGAAAGUGCUUUGUAUUUGAACUUUUUUACRACAUUUAUUAUUAAAUAAAUAUAUCUAAACUAU